AUGAUCCAUACCAUCUACAGUUCUAUACUGAUUUUACCCAAACCAUUCCAUCAAAUAGUAUAUAUCCUAUUAAAGUGCUGGUAUUCUAAUCAAACCAAUUAUGUUAAGUGGGAUGAGGCGGUAUCGGAUGAGUAUAGACUGAGCUGGGGGGUGAGGCAAGGGGGGCUGACAUCACCCAGACUUUUCAACCUUUAUAUGGAUGGACUAAUCCGUGAGCUCAGCGGUACUGGUAUAGGCUGUUCCAUAGAUGGCACCAUGAUAAAUAAUAUAAGCUACGCCGAUGAUAUGGUACUGCUGAGCCCAUCGUUGAGCGGUCUUCGUAAAUUGAUCUCCAUCUGCGAGUGCUACGCCGAAGCUCAGGGUCUCAAGUACAAUUCUACUAAGAGUGAAGUGAUGAUCUUCAAAGCCGGCUCGAAGACAUAUGACAUACCACCAGUCAUAUUGAACAACCAUCCUCUCAAGAGAGUGGAGAAAGUGAAGUACUUGGGGCACUGGGUCACGGAUACACUUAAUGAUGACUUAGAUAUAGAAAGAGAACGCAGGGCAUUGUCAGUCAGAGCGAACAUGUUGGCUCGUAGGUUCGCACGAUGUACCAAACCCGUGAAAAUUACACUUUUUAAAGCUUACUGUCAGUCCCUUUAUACGUGCAGCCUAUGGGUCAAGCGUUCGCAAAGGGCUUACAAUGCCUUGCGGGUUCAAUACAACAAUGGGUUUAGGGUCCUGUUGGGGCUGCCGCGCUUCUGCAGCGCGUCUGGGAUGUUUGCUGAUGCUGGUGUUGACGGCUUCGCCGCAUUGAUCAGGAAGAGAGCAGCAUCCCUGAUGCGGCGGGUGCGGGACAGCGCCAACAGCUACCUACAACUCAUUGCUGAUAGAGUAGGAUUGGACUGUCCAGUGCUGGCCAUGUGGACACGUCUGCAUGUAAUCUGA